AUGAGGCUUUAUGUCAAAUUUUUAUUUUUUGUGUUUCUAUAUUCAAUAUCGUAUGAUAAAUGGUUUCCUGUGAAAUCCGCUGAUUUAUCAGCCAGUUCUAGUCCAGGUUCUGGAGCUGGUACAAAUGAAGGCCAACAAGCUAGCGGUACACCCACAUCUGGUGGUACAACUACCGGAGCAGGUGCUGGUUCAGGUACUAAAACUGGCGUUGAACUUAGCCUUAAGGCUACAGCUGAAACUAACGAAUUCAACUAUAAAAAAGAUAACAAGAUAGUGACUUAUACCGCCAAAGAUACCUACGGUUUUAAAUCGGUAAAAACAGGUGAUACUGUUGUCUGGAGCACUACUAAUGUUAGUGAGUAUGCCAGUAAAGUAGUUCUGAAUGGGAAGGGUAAUAAGAAAAAAGAGGUUACAAUUCACCUGCCUAAUAAUACCAAAAAAGUGUUCAAGAGAGAAUCUAAGGGUAAGCCGUGGAUUGAAGGUAGUCAUCUUGCUAAGGAUCCUUCUAAAACAGCUAGUAAACCUAGAAAAAAUGUUACUCAAGAGGACGUUAAUUGGGCAUUAAAAAAAUGUACCCAAGUUAAGUACGAAAAAAAAGAGGUGUGGACUUAUAAAGACGGUGAGUAUCCAGAAAGGAUACGGUAUCUUGAAAGUGAUAAAAAAAUUCAUAUUCAUUUCCAUUUCUAA